AUGACAGACCCAUCCCCCUCAAAAGACUUGGUUCAAAUGGAAAUCGACACCACUUCCGCCACCGUCGACUCCGCCCCAUCCGCAAACUCCACUCCCAUCAACGUAGCCGCCGCCGCCACUGCUGCUGCUGUUCCCCAGUCAACAAUGGUCUUUGAUGAAAUGCUCGCUGAAUACCAAGACGAGAGAAAUGAAGAGUACCACUACGAUAUCAUUCCCAUUCCCGAUCUCCUCCGCCAUCUCCGCGAGCGUGAUAUCCGACCAUCCUUCAGAGAUGGAAUGGUUGCUAUGCUUCUUCUCGAUGAUGAGAACCGUUCCUUGGCCCGCCAAAACGUUCUUUUCACGCCUGGUACUGCUAAUUGUUUCGUCGCCGAGAAUUCCAAUCUUGUGUACGAGGAGGAAGUUUAUUCAGAAAGCGAAGUUGGAGAUGCUUCACCAGAUUCCCCUGUUCAGGCCGGUGAUGAUCAACCUGGCAAUGAGCAGGUUGAUAAGGCGGAUAUUAUGGACGUCGAACAAUCAGAGCUUUCCUCCGAUCAUUCUACUCAAAAUGAAGCCUCCGAGGAGCUUUAG